AUGGUGCACAUGAACAUCCUGGUCCAUGUCCUUAAGAGCAUCAACAAUGCCAAGAGGCAGGGCAAGCGCCAGGUGCUCAUCCAGCCGUGUUGCUCCAAGAUCAUAGUGAGGUUCCUCACCGUCAUGAUGAAGCAUGGUUACAGCUGGGAAUUUGGAAUCACUGAUGAUGACAGAGCCGGGAAAUUUGCCGUGAAAAUUGCCGUGAACCUUACAAGCAGAUUGAACAAGUGCAGCAUGAUCAGCUCCAGAUUUGGUAUGCAGCUCAAAGACCUAGAAAAAUGGCAGAACAACCUGCUUCCGUCCCUUCAGUUUGGUUUCAUGGUACUGAGAACCUCAGCGGGCAUCAUGGACCAUGAAGAUGCAAGAUGA